AUGAUCCUUACCGGGCUACUGCUCUACUCCCGGUCCAUGAUCUCCAUGCUCUUCCUGGGCCGACUAGGAGAGCUCUCCUUAGCUGGGGGAUCGCUCGCUCUAGGUUUCGCCAACAUUACCGGCUACUCGAUCCUGUCUGGCUUAGCUAUGGGGAUGGAGCCUAUCUGUGGCCAAGCCUUUGGUGCACAGAAGCACCAUCUCCUCGGCCUCACUCUGCAACGAGCGGUCCUGCUCCUGCUCCUAACUUCCUUGCCCAUCACUUUCCUGUGGCUGAACAUGAAAUCAAUCCUGGUCGGGAACGAAUUGGGCGCGAAUCGGCCGGGGAAGCGAAGACGGCCGCCGUCGUGGGGCUCUGUCGAGCUUCUUCCUCGGGUUUUCGGCGCUGAGCUUCGCGAUUACCGUGAGGAAAAUCUGGGCGACGAUGUUCACCGACGACGAAGAGAUUGUGGCGCUGACGGCGAUGGUUCUGCCGAUCAUUGGGCUGUGCGAGCUGGGGAACUGCCCGCAGACGACCGGGUGCGGGGUUCUGAGAGGGACGGCGAGGCCGAGGAUUGGGGCGAAUAUCAAUUUGGGGUGUUUUUACCUGGUCGGGACGCCGGUCGCGGUUUGGUUGGCGUUUUGGGCCGGGUUCGACUUCCAAGGGCUGUGGCUCGGGUUGCUGGCGGCCCAAGGGUCGUGCGCACUGACCAUGCUGGUGGUCUUGGGUCGGACCGAUUGGGAAGGGGAGGCACGGAGGGCGCAAAAGCUGACAGGGGAUUUGGCUCGUCAUCAUGA